GUUUGUGAAAUGGCGGUAAUUCUAGACGAGCGCAAUAUAGAGAAAAUUUUGUGUUUGACAGCUUGAAUUCCGUAAUUAACAGUUCUGACAGCGUUGUGUUUUAAAUAUCUACUGUAAACUGAGGCGGAAUACAGAAGAGAGUGUGUCAUCUGAUGUAAUUAUAUUGUAUUAUGUAAGCUUGGUAUAUAGUUCUUUGUUGUGUGCCGGAGUUAAACGAAACGAUCAAAUAGUGCAUAUAAUAUUAGUAGAUGCCAGCUACUGCACGUUCGAUUAUUAUCUGACUAUCUUUCAAAGUUGCUCAUUUCUAGUUUCAUUAUUAAGCAUUACAAUCAGGGAAUUGAGAUAGAAAAAGAAAGGGCACUUUCCAUUUAAUCUUGUUAUGUUUGUGGAUUUCGUUACUUUUUAUGUGCUUUAUCCUAGUUGAGCUGUAGAGGAACUCAGGACAGCACACAUUUCACCUUCAUUUAUACAAAAUUAGUUUCAAAUAUGAGGACAAGGAAUUCUAGUAAAAGAUCUUCGUUGCGUGCACAUACUCCUGAAAGUGACGAAUCGCCGGAGAAGAUAAAAAGAGUGUCAACAAUACGGAAAGGUGUUGAAGAAAAGGCAAAAUCAAUUAAAAAUGACAGUAUAAGCUUCUCAGACAAAGGUUACGGUGGUAGUUCGUGCGAAGAUUAUACUGACUGCCAAAGGAGGGAAGCGACAAAAGCCUCAGAUUCUGGAGUUCUGUCGGGCAAAAAACGCAAGAGUGAAGACGCGGCUGAUGAAUCAUCAGACAGUAGUUCCGAUGACUUUCUAGUGCCGACACAGUCACUUGACUUAAACUCAGAUUUCUUCAAGAUUGAAAAAAAACCAGUUUCCGAUUUCUCAGCAAUAGAAAAUAGUAUUUUUGCUGACGUAAACAGGUUAAGUGAAUCUGAAGACUCAGAUGAUGUGCAAGAUUCGAAACCCAUCGAAAUAGAGAGAAUAACGUGCAACCCAGGACUGGAGGAAGAAAAUAAGACGAUCAAGCCAGAACAUUGUUCUGCAGGACCAGUAAACAUUAAGGUGGAGGAUGUUAGUGACAUUAAACCAAGUUUAGUUCAAAGUGGAAAGAAGACGCUUAAUGCAAAGCAGCGAAAGUCUUCUGAUAAGAAUGGCAAACAAAAGCAAAGUCAGCAAGGUAAGACAUUGGUGAAGUCCAGUCAUAUCAAAGCGGAAAACGAUGGCAAUAUACAAAAGGUCAAAACACAGGAAACUGGCAGGAAGCAGCUUCAAAAAGUCAAAGUGGAAGCCUUUACCCCAGAUGUAAGUCAAUUGGAUGUGUCACAACUGCUAGCUUUGGGAGAAGGUCAGGAUCCUAACAAUAAACCUAAAGGUGUCGCUAAAACAAAAAGAAAAAAUGUCUCAAAGAAGAAUGUGGAGAGUGAAGAGGAAGGAAUUAGUGAUUGGGAAGAAGUAGAUACUGGUAAUUUUGAAGAACAGCAUAUCAAACACAACAUUCCUAAAGAAGGUAUUGCUGUUACUGUGCAAGUUCCCAACAUUCACCAGAAGAAGAAGAAGAAGAAAGGUUUUGAUAUGGCAGCAUAUGUAAAACGUAGAAUGAAUAGGGUGCGGCGAGAUAUUCAAGUCCUUAUGCACAAGGCGCAUUUGUUGUGUUGGAUUGCUCAUGGAAAUUAUGUGAAUAAAAUUCUGAAUUCAGAAAUUCUUAUGGGAUUGUCAUUAUCCUUGAUACCUUCAAAGCACUGUUAUCCUGACAAACAUACAGAUCUUGCCUAUUUGCAACAAAUUGUUCAGUGGUUUUCAAAAACUGUGGAAGUUCAAGAGAAUGUUGAUGACAAAGAAGAGCUGUUAAGUUCAUUGCAGGUUCAGUUUCAAAAGAAGGUUGCAAAAUCAAAAAGGGACAUGGUACUAAUGUUUGUGUGUGUGUUGCGCUCUUUGGGAAUCAACACAAGGCUUAUAAUAUCACUGCAGCCCCUGCCAUUAAAGCCACCACUCUCAGAAAUAAGUAACUUAACUUCAAAGAAACCAUCAACUUCGAAAGGAAAGAAAAUAAAGAUGGAGCAGCAAAAGAAGGCACAAUCUGGGAGAAAAAAGGGUGCAUCGGAUACUUCAAAAGAUGUCGUACGGAAAAGACGAGAUGUCAUGACUAAGGAAGAAGCUGUGAAGCGAAUUAAAGAAGCAGCUGCAAAGAAAGUUGAACAAGCAGGGAAGUCAGGUCAGAAAAAAAGCAAUGAAAGUCCUGUAGACAGUAAAAAAAAUAUAAAGUCUCAAUCUGCAGGUGAUUUAUGUCGAUCUUUGAGAGACAGAAAAUCUGUGAAGAAGUAUGUAGAUGAUGGUGACACCACAGACGAUGAUGAAAAAGUUCAAUGUGACCAAGGAAGUGACAAGGAAACAAAAACAGUUAAUACAAAUUCCUCAGGUUCCAAGAAAAAGGUCAGUACCAAUACUGAAAAACUAACUGUGAAAAAUACAAAGAGGGAUAAAGCAAGCACCACUUGUACGGUAACACAUUCUUCUGGAAGUGAAAGUGAUUAUACUGCAGAAUUUAAAGAGAAGAAAACUAGGAAAGGUAGAACUGACCGUAGGGUAUUGUCUUCUGAUUCAGUAUCUGAUGGAGCAUGUAGGGCGGACACCAAGAAGAAGAAAGACCGAUGUGACGUAUGGUUAGAGGUGUUUUUGGAAUCUGAAGAGAAAUGGAUCUGCGUGGAUGUAUAUCACCGACAGAUUCACUGUGUGCAAGAACUUUCGUCUCGUGCCAGCCAGCCAGUGCAUUAUGUACUGGCAUGGCAGGAUGACGGUACCAUCAGGGACGUGACUCGCCGAUAUUGCUCUCAGUGGCAUAAUGUGACACGUAAGCAUCGUGUUGAUGAGGAUUGGUGGAAGGAGUCUCUCAAACCAUUUAUAGGCCGAAGGACAGCUCGUGAUUACCAAGAGGAUGAGGACUUGGACCGUCAGCUGCAGGAUCGGCCCCUGCCUACCAGUCUUGCAGAGUAUAAAAACCAUCCCCUCUAUGUUUUGAAGAAGGACCUGCUUAAGUUCCAAGCCAUAUAUCCUCCAGAUGCGCCUACACUUGGCUUUGUUCGUGGUCACCCUGUUUACGCUAGGGAAUGUGUCCACACAUUGCACUCCAGGGAAAUAUGGCUGAAAGAGGCAAAAGUAGUCAGGCUUGGAGAAACACCAUACAAGAUAGUAAAAGCACGUCCAAAGUGGGACCGUAUGAGUGGUAAAGUGGUCAAAGAUAUCCCACUUGAAAUCUUUGGGCCGUGGCAAGUUGAAGACUAUGUCCCACCAACUGCGGUUGAUGGCAAGGUUCCAAGGAAUGCAUAUGGCAAUGUGGAACUGUUCAAACCAAGUAUGCUGCCUGGAGGCACUGUCCACAUGCAAAUUCCAGGUUUGAAUCGCGUAGCCAGAAAAUUGCAGAUAGAUUGUGCUCCAGCAGUCAUUGGUUUUGAUUUCCACUGUGGAGCAAGUCAUCCUGUUUAUGAUGGAUUCGUAGUCUGCGAAGAGUACAAAGAUGUGCUGGCUGAAGCAUGGCAAGCAGAAGAAGAGGAGGCAGAUAGGCGCUAUGAGGAGAAGAGGUUAAAACGGAUCUAUGGAAACUGGAGACGAUUGAUAAAAGGUCUUCUUAUAAGAGAACGAUUAAAAGCGAGAUAUGAUUUUGGCCCUGUUAAAGAGACAGCUAAAACUAAAACAAAGAAAGCAAAGAGAUUCCAAGAGCCCAAAAGAAUGAAAACUGUUCAGUCUGAUGAUUCAGACUGGGAAAUGGGACAGUGCGACUAAAUUUAAUUGAUCUUGUAAGGUUAAAAUAGUAAUUAGUAACAUCGUCAUGAAACAUUUUCAACGAAAUGCAUUAAAAUUUUCUGCUCAAUUUGUUGUAAAAUUUUAGUAAUCAUACAAUUCAUAGAGUGCAUCUUUCAUGCAUUAACCAUUGCACUUUCUUCCACGAGCUUGUGAAUAUUCUGGUCAAAGUACUGCAAAGAUUUUUUUACAAAUUAUAUAAUUUCAUUGCUGUACUUCAACUAUUUGCUAGUACCUGUUGUCACAUUUUAUACCUGUAUUCGUAUAUUUUUAAAUCUUACAGUAUUUUUUAAUAGCUUAC